GCCAACUUAAACUGUGACUCUUUCCGACGACCUGAACCGACACGACGCGAGCGAAGUUGCGACAGACAGACAGGCGACUUGACUUCUCGAAUUCCUCCCCGAAUCACCAGACCGAGCCUAUCUGAACCGGCCAUUCGGCCCCUCCCCCCGUCGAAAAUGGCCACCACAACCGCUACCGUCACCAAGGCGCGGUCCAAGAACGACAAUCUGCCGCCCGAGAACGAGCGCUUCCUGCGAUGCUGCGCGGAUAUCUCAAAUGCCCUGAUCGAAGACCACGAGGCCGUCAGAGACCCCAAAAACCCGCACAAGGACCUGAACCUAAACGCCCUGCGUAACAAGUUUGCGAGGAAGCACAAGCUUGCCAACAUCCCGCCGCUGACUGCGAUUAUCGCGGCAAUCCCCGAGCACUACAAGAAGUACAUCUUGCCGAAGCUCAUUGCGAAGCCGAUUCGAACAUCGUCGGGAAUCGCAGUGGUGGCUGUCAUGUGCAAACCCCACCGAUGCCCGCACAUCGCUUACACGGGCAACAUCUGCGUCUACUGUCCCGGCGGACCCGACUCCGACUUCGAGUACAGCACACAAUCCUACACUGGAUAUGAACCCACGUCAAUGCGAGCAAUCCGGGCACGGUACGAUCCGUUCGAGCAGGCCCGCGGCCGUGUCGACCAGCUCAAGUCCCUGGGCCACUCCGUUGACAAAGUCGAAUACAUCAUCAUGGGCGGCACUUUCAUGUCCCUGCCGGUCCCAUACCGGGAGGACUUUAUCGCCCAACUACACAAUGCGCUCAGCGGCUAUCAGACGUCCAACGUUGACGAGGCUGUCGAGGCGAGUGAAAUGAGCAACAUCAAAUGCGUCGGCAUCACGAUCGAAACUAGACCGGACUACUGUUGGCAGCCCCAUCUGACGGACAUGCUGCGGUACGGCUGCACGAGACUGGAAAUUGGAGUGCAGUCGCUCUACGAGGACGUUGCGAGGGACACGAACCGCGGACACACCGUCGCCGCAGUCGCCGAGACGUUCUGCUUGGCAAAGGAUGCCGGCUUCAAGGUCGUCAGCCACAUGAUGCCUGACCUGCCCAACGUGGGUAUGGAGAGAGAUUUGGACCAGUUCCGGGAGUAUUUCGAAAACCCUGCGUUCCGCACCGAUGGUUUAAAGAUCUACCCGACGCUUGUCAUCAGAGGCACCGGCCUGUACGAGCUAUGGCGGACGGGUCGUUACCAGAACUACACACCCAAUGGUCUGAUUGACCUUGUCGCGAGGAUCUUGGCACUGAUUCCGCCAUGGACCCGUAUCUACCGUGUUCAGAGAGAUAUCCCCAUGCCCCUGGUCACGUCUGGCGUGGAGAACGGCAACUUGCGAGAGCUGGCGUUGGCGAGAAUGAAGGACUUUGGCACGACGUGCCGAGACGUGCGGACACGCGAGGUGGGUGUGAACGAGGUCAAGAAUAAGAUUAGGCCCAACCAGAUCGAGCUCGUCAGACGGGACUACACGGCGAACGGCGGAUGGGAGACGUUCCUGGCGUAUGAGGACCCGAAGCAGGACAUUCUCGUUGCGCUGCUCCGCUUGCGCAAGUGCACCGAGAAGUACACGUACCGCGAGGAGCUCGUCGGACAGCCAACUAGUCUGGUGAGAGAGCUGCACGUGUACGGCACGGCGGUGCCGGUGCAUGCGCGAGAUCCGAAGAAGUUCCAGCAUCAAGGCUUCGGCACCCUACUCAUGGAGGAGGCGGAGAGGAUCGCAAGGGAUGAGCACGGCAGUGAGAAGAUUAGUGUCAUUUCUGGUGUCGGCGUGAGGAGCUACUACGCCAAGCUCGGAUACUGGCUCGACGGGCCGUACAUGAGCAAGUGGCUCGAUGGCCGGCCCGGACCCGACGAGGCUACCUGAAGAUGUACUAGGGCCAUCAUUUGAUGAAUCGCGGGCGGCAGCGACUGUACAACGUCUGAGAGGCAUUGGUGAUGCUCGUAGCUAGGCGCGCCCGGCACCAGAGACGAGGCUCGUCUCUGGUUGGUCGCUAGAUGAGGUUGUUUGCUUGGAGGCUCUCAGCUUUGCAAGCUGCGAAUUGGACCUGAUGGUUCGGUCUCGUGAUGCUGCAGGUAAGGUGGGCGUGGAAGCAACACGCCCGGAGUUCUAGGACAGAUCAAGGGACGGAGGCCCCCCCUCACUUUCCAGCUGCAGCGGCCAACUUCUCCUCCCACGCGAGAAGACACUCGAGGGUCCCAGGCCCUGCGUUGGCCUCGAGGGUAGACCAUUGGUGCCUCGACAUGGGCUUCAGCACAUAGUUAGACACGGUAGCCUUCUCGCGCUCUUCCGGCCGCCCAAUACCAACGCAUAUCCUCGCCCACUCCGACCCGGGGUAGUCCGCCUGGCGGAGACAAGCGUUGACGCUCUUGACCCCGUUGUGACCCCGGUGGCUGCUCUUCCACUUUCUCGUCUUGACGAAGCCCAGCUCCUCCUCCAGGUCAUCGUGGACUAGGAGAAGACUCAGGUCGGCCGGGUCGCGCGCGCCGAGCGUCUCUUUCCACGCCUUGGCGACCCAUUUGCCAGAGACGUUCAUGACGGCGGGGCUCUGGAUCAUAACGUACUUGGGGCCGAUGGAGGCCAGGCAUGAGCUGCCGCCGAACCGGCCCCUGUGGAAGGCAGGCUGGGAAGGGCCCAAGAGCUUCUGAAGAUUGGCGAGGGCGUGGUGACCGGCGGAGUGAAGUGUGUUGUAGUAUGGCUCAGGAUUCCCCAGGCUUAUGAGAAGGAACCGAGGGGCCGCCAUUUUGUUUGCUGAUAGUUCGGAUGAGCUGGUGGGUGGGUCGAUGACAAUGGUGGUGUUGAAGAUUGGAUUCAGUAUGGGUACCCAGAUAUGGUAUUUGAGCUUUGCAAAGCUUGGGAGAAGCUCCGAGUGAGAGGAGAGUGAGUGUGGAUAAAAUCGUGCCUUACACGGGUAGAUGUUGUGUUCAGAUGCAGAUAGAAACCUAAAGGAAGGAAAGUACGGAUAGGUAGGUAAGGAUUAUCACAAGAGAU